GAUCAUCGUAUGAAUGUCUGCCUGCGUUACCGUACAGGUCCUAGGGGGAUGUAUUCACUUCUCACCAAAUUUACAGUGCUUGUCCUCUGUGUCCAUACUAUUAAUUCUAAUGUUGGUUUUCAGAUGCAGUGGCAAGUGUUGUCUCACCGCAUCAAGCCUCGACCUUACCUUGUCAAGUUCGAUCUGCCCUCUAUAUUCUCCGUCACCAUAUCAAGCCUCAAUCAUGGUAUGUCGAACCUCGUUUAGGCUGGGUCA